CGAUCAAUCCUUUGUGAAUCUGCCUAGGGUUUGGAAUCGCGACGAUGGACGAGACGAUGAUGUACGAGAACGUGUGGGUGGACGAGGUGUCAGCGUACGACUCAUUUUCUUUUAAUGUGCCCAAUCCAGAAAAGAUCGACAGGGAUGCUUGGAGUACACAGCUGGUUCCGGAAUUUGCUAAGCUUGGCUUAGUAUGCACAUGGUGGAAUGAGCAUGAAAUGGGAUGCACAAUCGAUCCAAAAAUAGACAUUCCACGCCCGGAUGUCUUUCUGAGGGCUCAGGAUGCUCUCUAUGCUUUCAUAUCUGGUUUCUCGGCAAAGUUGGCAUUGAAAGUACUGUCGGGCGAUGAGUGGUUAAUCACUAGAGACUUUGAAGACGAGAUUAGUCUGGUGGGGGGCAUUGAUCCAGUGCGUGAACGGUUCGAGACUUUUAUUUCCAAAUAUGAAAAAUUCAUGAAGGAUGUUGGUCAGCGGUUCCCCUGUGAACUUAAACCUAAUGUACCUAAUGAACAUUCUAUCGCUUUUGUGGCAAAUGCACGAAUAUUUGAAAUUCUGGCGGUUCUCGUGUGGCAAGUAGUUGUGCACGGUAAUUUGGAUGUUGAACAAGAGCUCCAUAGUUUGUUGGAGUUUUAUGAGAGGCCUUCCGGAUUUGAACAUAAUCCAUGCACUGAUUCGGGGCCUGGAUAUGAUGAUAUGAUGGAACCUAGCAAAUCACUGAAUGAUCAAAUAGGCGAACUACAGAUAUGCUAAACUUCACUUUUAUUAUCCAUGUUCAGUGUCUUAUACAUUUCCAUUUGAGAUCUUUACUGCUUUUUAUGUGACGAUUUAACUUUGCGUAUUCAUUAAUUAUGUAACUUUGUUCUAGCCUUUUGGAUUGAAAACAUUUUAGUUUAUCUUUAUCCUUGUGUGGUUGGGAAGAUAAAAAUUUGGUGUUCAUUAUGUACUG